CUUAAUUUGCACGAGAACAGAAGAAAAGUAAAUAGAAAAAAGAACUAAACAUGUCCCGGUCCCGGGGUUUGAGAUAAUGCGAUAUUUAUUCUUCGAGUCCUCUGAUACUGUCAUGUCCAAACAUAACAUACAUGGCAUUUGAUAAACCCUAGCUUUCAUUACCCACUCUCAAUUCCCAUGGCGCUCGCUCCUACAUCCUCUCUGCUCAUCCCUUUCUCUCCCUCCUCCACUUCUCCCUUUCAAACCUAUGCGAUUUCAUUCCCUAAACUACCCCUCUGUCCUCCCAGGAGUUUCCGCUCUCUCAUCGCCUCGGCUUCCUCCUACAACCCACCCCCGUCUGAGCAAGCAAUUCUUGAAGCUAUAGCCGAUUCCGAUGCCACUCAAAUCUCCCUACCAGUCGUCAGGACAUUCGAGAACGACUUGGCCCGGCUUACCCUAGUUGGCGCCGUCGACUUCCAGCAAGCCCUUACUGCAGCCGCUGCAGACGGCGGAGAAGCUGCCGACGAGCAUUUAUCCUCCGGACUCGCCGCCAUGGUCGUGGAAACCAUAUUUCCUGGCCCUUCCAACGACCACAGCACCGUGUCCACACGAUUAUUUUUACCGGCUAGGAAAGUUAAAGAGAAAGCUACAAAGCUCAAGAAGUCGCUGACAAAAGAAAUGUUGCAUGGUGCCAUGUCAAAGAAUAUACUUGCGAUGACCUUCCGACAAGUAGUUAUACAGCAGCUUUGGAGUCUCGAACUAGCACUUUUUCGCCCUGGAACUGAAAGAGAUAUGGAUAAUUUCGAGAAUCCGAGAGACCAGGUACCUGUAUCGCUAACACUCCACUCGUCAGAUGAACGGGUCAUUUCUGAAAUUGGAGAUGUUGUCUGCCGUGCUGUCCUUGAAACCACCGAAAGACAUUUUCUGCAUGAUUCAACGAACCGAGAAUCGAUUAUGUUCAUCAGUUGGUUUAACAAGCAUAAACCGAUUUCAUCAAGGAAUUCCUCUGUUGUUUUAUAUAAUCUCCUUGAACAUGAGAUACUUGCCAAUUCCAGUAUACUGUUAAAAAAAUUCAACAUGGGAAGGGGAGUACAUAAGCUCAAGGGCACAAACUUGAAGAACAGUUGGUGGCCGUCACCUGCAUUCUCAAAGUUGGAAAAGAUUGGUGGUCCUGAGUUUUGUGCUUGGAUAAGUGAAUGUGUGCCGUCUUACAUGUUGGAAAUUGACGCUAAUAAACUUAGUGACAUGAAGUUCGAAGGUUGGAGAAAAUCAGAGGCCAAUAGAUGGGAAGUUGUUCUUACUCAUUCCCAAAUGGUUAGUUUGGCAGACAUUUUAGAUAUGUUCUAUGAGGAUGUCUUCACAUUGCCUAAUAAGAGAUUAUCAUGUUAUGCAGUUGCAAAAUCAUCCAACUUGGCCAUCAACAAGGGAAGUUCCUUGUUGAAGAUAUUGUCAAUUAUCCUUGUGAGUGGGGUGUUUCUAGUGACCGUCACUGUUCUCAGAAAACUUUAUCUCCCUCAUCUGCCUAUUAGAAAGAAUUAUAUUCGAGAAAACUCUCAAAUUCCAUUGUCUGACGUUCGCUUUGCUCCUCGUCAUUCUGUGGAAAUCCCCGAGUUGGAAACAUGCUCCCUCUCUAUAAUUAGAAGGAUCAAGAAUUCUUUUGGUUGGCCUGGAGAAAUAAGGAUAAACUCUAAUGCUUGUGCGUGGACUGGAGAACUCCCUAAAUUCCUGAGGAAAGUGGAUGACACUGACUCCAAUAUGUUUGACAUUUUAUCUCCUUCAAUACCACCGGGAGCAAGUAAUGAAGAGACGACGGCAUUAGAAGAUAUUGCUAGUUAUCAGGUUGUGCUGUCAACUGAUGGAAAUAUCAUAGGGUUUCAACCUACUAAUCGAAUUGCUGUUAACAAUUGGGCAGCGAAUCCAUUAGCCAAAGAGUUGUACGGCGGAAAGAAUCUUUCUCCUGGCUUGGUAGAACCUGGGCUGAAGAUAAGUCACCCGAUUGGAGUGGUAGUGUUGGAGCUGUUGAUGUCAUUGAAUCCCAGUUCCAAUUUUGCAUUGGUUAGGCCUGUCGAUAUUAGUGGACAACUUAAUUGAUAGUUGAACAUCAAAUCCUGUUUUUAGGCACUUCUGUGUUAGUAUUGAUAGCGGUACAAGGUACACAACUUUUUCAUGCGUCUUUCGUGAUGUACCUGUAUUUCCAUUUAUACAUUUAUCACUUGUUUAA